AUGUCUAUGAACCUACAAAAACAGAUAAGGGAUAACGGUACAGAUAUACAGGAAUACUUGAAGGAGCUCAACAAGUGGACUAGAGAUCUCAAGCAACAGAGCAGCAGCAAUAUAGUGAGUGAUAAUACAUCGAAAGAGAGGGAGAAGAAGAUAGAUGAUGAUGAUGGUAAGGUAGAUGUGUUAUUAAGGAAUGAGGAAGUGAUGCAAAAAGGACAACUAUCUAGGGAUAAUGCUAAGGAUAUGAAAUCCUAUUAUGAAGCAUGGGAGAAGUUGAAUGUUGAUGAUUAUGAUAAAGAUGGGUAUGAAUGCAAGAAGGCUAUCAUCGAUGCUACCAACCAUGAGCAUUAUGAUGAUGAUCACUCGUCGCCUAUGAUACCUUAUAAAAUAAUAACUAGUACUGCACCACAGAAACAGAAAGUAAAUAUACGUAAGGUUGCCGGAAGGAGGAGUAAAUUAGAAUAUGCUCUCGAAGCAAAGGAGAGAGGGAAUGCCUUUUAUAAGAAAGGUCAACAUAAAUCAGCCCUUAGUGAGUAUCGACUAGGUCUAACUUAUCUUAUUGAUAAUAUUAAAGAUGAUGAUGAGAAAAAGAGUUGA